AUGAAGCUUAUUAUUUGUAUUCUAUUGUUCUGGGUUUCUCUGUGUGCUGGGGCAACUAACAAAAGUCCCGAAAACACCGAUGGCAUCCUGAGGGCACCGAUUGCGGCAGGAAUUUCGGGAUUUGGCCUGGAGGUUCUGUUGACUAGAUUGAACUACAUCGAUCGUAAACUGAUGCUUCUGGAGGAACUUCAGAUGGAAUUAAAGCAACACCGAGAACAGAUGGACACCAUUAAAGCAUCAGUUAAGAAAGCACUUGCGCCAAAGACACCUCCUUUUACGUCGUGCAAGGAUGUACCAUCGUGGGCAGUUUCGGGAGCGUACGCUAUCCGAGUGAACAACGUUAGUGUGCCGUUCAAGGUUUAUUGUGAGCAAGAACAGUUCGGAGGCGGUUGGAUCGUGGUGCAACAUCGAUUCGACGGAUCGGUUGAUUUUUACCGGAACUGGGAAGAAUACGGGUUUGGUGAGCCAGACAAGGAGUUCUGGCUCGCACUGGAGCAGAUUCAUCAACUCACGUCAGCUCGUAAGCACGAAUUAGUUAUCGAAAUGAAGGAUUUUGAGGGCAACUACGGGUAUGCGAGCUAUAAUGUGUUUGAAGUAGGGAGCGAGAGUGAGCAAUACUGCUUGAAGGACCUGGGAACAUACAGUGGUACGGCAGACGAUGGACUGACGAUCAACAAGAUGGCAAAGUUUUCAACAAGGGAUCGGGAUAAUGAUGGAAAUUCUGGCUAUCAUUUCGCCGGUUAUUACGAAGGUGGCUGGUGGUACGGCAAUUACGGUGGCAAUUCGAAUUUGAACGGACGAUACCAGAAGGAUACCGGGGAGAAAUCAAAUUGGUGGUGGAAUUUCCAUUCCGACCUUCGUGGAACGAGCUUUACCAGGAUGAUGAUCCGCGAAUUUUAG